GCAAGCGAUCCGAGAGCAGUGAGAAGUAGUUGAAUGCUUGGAGCCCCGCCACAGCCAUGGCCGGACACCAAAAGGAGAAGGUGAACCCAGAUGAGGUCCAUCAGAACCAGAUCCUGCGGGAAUUGUACCUCAAAGAGCUUAGAACCCAGAAACUCUACACAGAGUACCACGUGAAUCCCCUCCGCAAGGUUCACACAAUCACCAGAAAGCCCAUGUCUUGGCAUGAUAACCUGGAGGAACCUGAAGAUGCCAGGUUUCUAAAUCUUAUUCACCAUGCUGCCCAGUGCCCAAGGAACAAGUACCCAGAGACACAGACUGAAAGCCAAGAAAUCGGUUGGGACUCAGAGCCCUUGGUCAGCCCAGAACGUGAUGACCGCAGGCUGAACCACUUCAGGGUCUACAACGACAUCACUCUGUACAAGGCUAAAAUGUGGAGCCUGGGAGAAGAUGAUCGCCACAAGUAGUGUUCUAGAGGUGACAGCAGCCUUGCCUUUAAUACCCAAUGUGUGUGCUGCCUGAAUAAGUAAAGAUUAUUUUUA